GGAGCUUUGAGCACUCAGCGAGACCAGUUUGAGGACUUCUGACUUGGAGCGUCAUGUCUCGCUCACAACUUUUGAUUGUGUUCCUGUGUUGUCUCCCCUUGGCAGCCUGUCUUCGCUGCUACACUUGUGUGUUUCCUGCCAUUUCUCCUCUGGACUGUCUCAAGUUUCCCCAGGAAUGCCCAGCUGGGCAGCGCUGCCUGGCCAGCACUGCAGUGGGAACACGAGGCGCGCUGCAGCUGACUCUGUAUGAGAAGAGCUGUGCCAUCCCCUCCCAGUGCGGCCUGAGCGGACAGAAACAGACCGCAGGCCUCAGUUUCAACUACACCAACGUGUGCUGCGACACAGACCUGUGCAACGGGGCCGUGUCCGUUGCUGCCCUCAGCUGGAGAGCAGCGGCGCUCUGCCUGCUGCCGGCGCUCGGCCUCCUGCUGGCCUGACAGGCAGAGACAUGAGGUGGAGGCCGAGGGUUAAACACAAAACACUGCCGAUGUAAGUGACCUGAGAGAGAAACCUGGACAAGAUUUAUAAAUAUGCAUGCAGGCAAAAAGAUUUAUACACACAGGCACUUAUGCAUGCAUUCAUGACGCAACAGGGUUUGACAAUUACCUUUUUUUCAUUUUGAUUUUAUUUUUAACUAACAGUGAAAGUGUCUUGGUGGCCACCAAGUAUAAGAUGAUGCUAAUGCAGCUUUAACCU